UUAAUUUGUUUUCCUUUAGACUUGAACCAUUUUAUCAGUGUAAAGGAGAAUAAAGGGAAGGCCUGCCUCACAGAGCCCUCUAGUGGUGAUGUGCUUAAUGAACAUGGAAGGGUUUGGGCUUGAUUUUUUUUAUCUGCUUUACCACUGAAGAUAAGAAAGAGGUUUUGUUUUUUUUUUGUUUUUUUUUUUAAAUUUUUCAUUUUUUUAAUUCAAAAUGUAAGCUUCUCUACUCUCAUCACUUGUAAACGGAAAUAUACUUUACACAUAAUUGAAAACAACUUGCAAAACGCUGUAAUGACUUUAGCAUUGCCCCAUAUGUGCACAGAUACCCACAAAUCAAGGAAUGCACUUAAAUGGAAAUUGCAUUUUGUUGCUACUUAUGUGGAACAAGUGGGAAUGAAGGGCAUUACCUGAGGUUAUAAAGUGCUCCUCUGACACUAGUAAUACUGUCUGCCGUUGAAGGAUAAAAACAGCCUGAGGCUUCGGAUUUUUUUUCUUAUGCCAAUAUUAAAAAGCAACAUGGUAAGCUGUGUUUUAUUUUGCUUAGGAACUGUGAUUCCAACUUUCUGAAUUAUUUGUAUACUUCAAUAUUUAAUUGCUUGCUUUAUCUUUUUGGCUGUUUUGUGGACAGCAUUGUUCUAGGAAAAAAUACUGUAGGCUAAUGGUGAUUAAUAUCUGCCUUUCAUUUUGACUUUUUUUUCUACACACCUGUUGUUGUAAAACUAACCAAAUAUAAGAGAAGAGGAAAUGGAGACAAUGUGAUGAUACACAGGAUGGACAGCAGAUAUUAAAGAUUUGCAUUUUAACCAAGAAGUAUGUAUAAAAUCUGUAUAGUCUCAUUAACUGCUAAUUUAAAUCUGGAAUCCUAUCAGAAUAAAAAUAGUAAUGCUCUGCUUAUCUGAGACAUUCAGUACUGCGAGCUCUCCCUCCUGUGGAAGCUGCAAGAUGUGAGAUGUUUUUGAAAAUCUUGCCAAAGUUUCAGGGGAGGAAAGGAAAGAUAUCAAAUUAUCACUAUGCUUUUAUCUUUCAAGGCAGUACUAUCGGGCACUAAUGAAGUGGCUUCAUUGCCGAACAGAUCAUCUUUCCUUUCGGAACCCUCCCACUCUGUUCCUGCCUUAAUCCUCUUCUGACAGGGAAAAUAAUGUGAUAAUACAAGUAACCUGAGAAUUGUAAAAGUGAAUGGAGGUCUGUGGCAUUAAAGAAAAUGCUUGCCGGUAGAACCAUGACACAUGAUCUUAUGUAGUAACGAUGACUACAGGUUGUGACUGCACAGGUACCCUUGUUUCUGCUCUGAAGACACAGCUGAAGCCUGGGAGCCUGCUUGAGCUUCCUGUGAACCAUAUACAACUGAAGAACCACUAGCUGCUUAUCCUUGUCACUUUUACACCCAGUAUGAGUACAAAACUGGAAGCAAAAACCAUAUGGAGGGGAGCUACCUUCUUUUAUUGCUUAUACUAAUGCUGCAUAUAAGCUCUUUGGGCAAGGAUUUAUUGCAGCCAAUAUUUAUGCUGGAUUUUGUAAAAGGUCUUUACUUUAGGAUGUUGCUAUCUCAUCACUGAAGAGGAGAAAACAUAAGUUUCUGCUGCUCAGAGCUUUGGAAAAUGCAUAAUAAUUUUCUGCCCAGUAGCAUGCUUUGGAAAAAUUGCCUGAGCAAGCUUAUGUGUGUUUGUUUGGGACAGGGAGAUUGUUCAGACUUGUAAGGCAUAUUCAACAACUGUUUUCUGUCAAGCAGGCUAUUUUAGAAGUGUAAAAAUUGAGAUUUCUUUAAGUCAUACUUCACUUCAGCACAUACUGGACUGUAUUCUGUAUUCUUCUUGUGUCUUGUGUCUCUGUCAGCUCGAGAAUUUAAAUCAAACUAAGAAUCUUGAAGGAGUAGGUCUUCAAAGAUUUGAAGGGAUGAACUUCUGAGUAAGCAUAUCCUCCUUUUGAAAGAAAUUGACAUUAGUGUCUUUAUGUUGUGCAGUGUUUCUGUGUGUUCAUUGUGGUGAUGGGAAUUAGUUCCAAGCCAGGCUGAUGACCAACUGGCCUGAGCCAACUUUUGUUGAGGUUUGUGAAGCAUUGCACAAGAGGUUUGAAGGGAAAAGUUUGGGGGCAUGUGACAGUUAAUCUCUUUAGCAGUAAGAAUGAAGUUUAAGAAUACUGUAGGAAAUGUACUCAGUUCUGUGCCGCUCUUUGUUUUAAUUAAAAAUCUCCUGCAUAGAUUGGGAGUGUAAACUUCUUUAGUCCAAUUAAAUCAUACUUGGAGGCUGUCAAUGGUGGGGGAACUCUCUCCUACCCCUUUUUUUUCCACUUGUUCAGUGAGUCUGUUGAAUAAUGAAAGAAUUUGCCUGACAGAGUUUUGUAGUGUUUCGUAGUCUUGAUGAAUUAUUGCAGACAAUAAACGACAGUCUCUUUUGUCCAAAAUGCAUUGGAAUGAUUCAUCCAAUUCCUCAGAAAGUGACAAUGAAGCUCAUUCAGCCUUUACACAGACCGAGCACAACAUAGUUGCAGCUUACUUAAUAACAGCAGGAGUGAUAAGCAUUUUCAGUAACAUUGUUGUAUUAGGCAUCUUUGUUAAGUACAAAGAGCUUCGGACAGCAACUAAUGCAAUUAUUAUCAACUUGGCUUUUACUGACAUUGGUGUUAGUGGCAUUGGUUAUCCCAUGUCUGCUGCCUCAGACCUGCACGGAAGCUGGAAAUUUGGAUAUACUGGAUGCCAGAUUUAUGCUGCCUUAAAUAUCUUUUUUGGGAUGGCGAGUAUUGGUUUGCUCACUGUUGUUGCAGUUGACCGCUAUCUGACAAUCUGCAGGCCUGAUAUAGGAAGAAGAAUGACUGCCCGUAGCUAUGCCUCUCUAAUCAUUGCUGCUUGGACAAAUGCAGUGUUUUGGGCUUCCAUGCCUACUAUAGGCUGGGCUAGCUACGCUCCGGAUCCGACUGGAGCAACGUGCACAGUCAAUUGGAGGAAAAAUGAUGUGUCCUUUGUUUCCUACACAAUGAGUGUAAUUGCUGUUAAUUUUGUUGUACCCUUAACAGUCAUGUUUUACUGUUAUUACAAUGUUUCCCGGACAAUGAAACAAUAUGCCAGCAAUAACUGCCUGGAGAGCAUCAAUGUGGAUUGGUCUGACCAAGUAGAUGUGACAAAGAUGUAUGCACUUUUGGGGUUAGGUUAUGAAGCCUCCAUCUUCAGGUUUCGGAGGGCAAUCCUGGCCAUGGUGCGUUGUCAGACAAGACAAGAAAUAACUAUAAACAAUGCCUUGCCCAUGAGUGUAUCUCAAAGUGCAUUGACGUCAUAGAACUCAUGUCAUUUGCCCACAGAAGUUACUUGGAAAGGAAUGAAAUCUGGCUUGAAGUUAAUUAAUAUUUUGGAAGAUUCAUAUUUUGGAAUAAUAAUCUGCCCAAGCCAGCCGGCUGUUUUCUGUUAAUCACAGCAAUCGUAUAGAUAGGUUAAAAAGAAAAAAAAAGAAAAAAUCUGCUAAGAUUUUUGCUUUGAGAGUGAGUUUUACCGGCCCCAUAUGUCCCAAACAGAAAAGGCUAGUGAAGUGUUCACUGUGACUAUUAUGGGGUUAGACAAGGUGACACAGGGACAGGGAGAGACUGAAGCAGGGAAUGCUUAGGUUCAGUAACACAGAUUUUGUACCUGUAUGUUCUUUCAUUAAUUAAUUUCACUCAACUUACCUUGAAAGUUUUCCGGACUUGAGAUACUCUGGAUUCUUCCUGUGUUAAUAUAUUUCUAUACAAAAUGUCCAUGUUGGAAUAACUUGCAAAGAUCUUUUUCUGUGAGUAUGUUAAGAUACAAUAUGUCUAGCCAGACCCUAUAGAACCUGUUACAAACUUUUAGGAUUUUGAAGGAGUUUCAAGAUAUGUAACGUAUUUCUAAAGUUUUGGCACAAACAACCAAAUAACUUUGAAGGAAAGACAGUAUUUUUUAGUAGUAGUAUGCUUCUAGUGAUUGUGAUUGCACAGCAAAUCCUGAAAAUGAGAAAAAAAUGCACCCUAAAUCUUGACUCUUGGCAGGUGUAAAAAACUGAGUAAAUUUUUAUGGCAAUUUCUCAUUAUUCCUAAGUCAGUCUCGUGAUUAUAUAGGUCUGUUGUGUAAUUUUCAGAAGACUACUUGUGGUGUUGUGUGCAAUGAAUUUAUUCAGAAUGGAAGAGAUGACUGCGUAUAGAUCUAUUUAGGAAUGGUAAUAUACGCACUCUUGAUGAUUCUCAGAUUUUGAGAAGAAAUAUCUUCUAUUACUAUGUAUGCAUGCAUCUAAAAUUUGGCUUUGCAGCGUGUAACAUUCUAAAUAUGUGUGGGGUUUUUUUUUUAGUAAAAACCUGUUUUAUGUGAUUUUUUUUUUAAAGCUGUGGAAACUAGAUUUUCUAUUAAUUUGUAUUUUUUAGUGUUAAAGAAAAUGCCAUGCAAUAUCCUUCUGCUGUACUAGAU